GGAAACAUAUAUAUAAAGGGUCGACGACUGACAAAUAAAAACAGCAGCUUCCGUCACCGGAAACCCAAGAAACCCUUUAUUUUUCAGCUCCCCGAGAUACCCAUAAUCUAAAACUUAAAUUUCUUUAAAUUAGAGGCUUUUCUAAAGCCGCAGUAAUAAAAAAAGAUGGCAGUGAACACAGAAAUGCAAAAAAAGCAGCUACAUGAUAAUAAGAAGCCGCAAGUUCAUCUCUUUUACUGCUCUGAAUGUGAAGAACUUGCUACUAAAGUUGCUGCCCACUCUGACAUUAUCAACCUUCAGUCCAUCAAUUGGAGGAAUUUUGAUGAUGGGUUUCCGAAUCUUUUUAUCAACAAUGCACAAGAUAUGCGAGGUCAGCAUGUUGCCUUCCUUGCGGCCUUUUCUUCCCCAGCAGUCAUUUUUGAACAGCUCUCUGUCAUAUAUGCACUCCCACGGCUGUUUGUCGCAUCCUUUACAUUGGUUUUGCCAUUCUUUCCAACUGGCUCCUUUGAGCGAAUGGAAGAAGAGGGAGAUGUUGCAACUGCAUUUACCAUGGCGAGAAUUUUAUCAAAUAUUCCCAUAUCAAGGGGCGGCCCUACUAGUCUAGUUAUCUACGACAUACAUGCUCUGCAGGAAAGGUUUUAUUUUGGGGACCAGGUUUUGCCUUUGUUUGACACUGGGAUUCCCUUGUUAAAGCAACGUCUUCACCAGCUUCCAGACGCUGAUAAGAUUGUUAUAGCAUUUCCGGAUGAUGGAGCAUGGAAACGAUUCCACAAGCUGUUGGAUCAUUUUCCCAUGGUAGUGUGCAAUAAGGUCCGUGAAGGUGAUAAGAGGAUAGUUCGAAUAAAGGAGGGGAAUCCUGAUGGUUGUCAUGUGGUCAUUGUUGACGAUUUGGUGCAAUCUGGAGGCACCCUUAUCGAGUGUCAGAAAGUAUUGGCAGCUCAUGGUGCAGCAAAAGUGAGUGCAUAUGUCACCCAUGGCGUUUUUCCUAAGCGCUCUUGGGAGCGUUUUACACAUAAAAAAAAUGGCUUAGAGGAAGCAUUUGCCUAUUUUUGGAUCACUGAUUCAUGCCCCUUCACCGUCAAAGCCAUAGAGAAUAAAGCUCCAUUCGAGAUUCUUAGUCUUGCUGGAUCCAUUGCCGAUGCUCUGCAAAUAUGAGCAAACUAUGUAAUAAGGUGGGAUGUUGAUGCAUUCCUGCAAUAAUUUCUUGAACCAGAGGAUGAAUUGUAAUUUGCUCUUUUCGAUUUUUUUUUUUCCAUGAAAUCAUCGGUUUCUAUGAGUGGCAUGAACUUGUUUUCAUCUUA